CCCUAGAAAACUCGGUCCAAUUUCCUUAUCUCCUAGAAAACCGAUAAAACCUCUCCAAAACCUUCAAAAUUUAGGGUUUUCAAGAAAUGGAACAACCAGCCACCCCAAAUUCCAUUUCAUCAUCAUCAUCGUCAACAACACCUGCUGUAACAUCUUCAAAUGAGAAGAGACCAAUCCCAACACCAGAAGAGCUAAUCUCACACUACGAAUCCAAAGGGCUUGAGAAAAAUGAAGCAUCGAUGAAAGUAAUUGAAGAUUUACAGAAUGUAAUAUUCAGGAUCUUAAGUUCAAAAGGAAGUAAAAAAGAUAAAUUCAUGGCUAAAAGUUCAAGAAUGCUUGAUACGGUGAACACUCGUUUGAACAUUUUGGAAUUGAAAUUGGAUUCUAAACCUAAUUUUGGUCAGACGCUUGGUAUUGGUGUAGUUGCUGGUGGAAUUGGGAGUGUUGUUCCUCAUGUUUUUGGUGCUAUUGGCCAGAUUUGGAGUUCUGUUACGAAUUCUACCAAGAAUUGAAUUCAAUGGAAAAUCGCUCAAUUUAGUGAUGACGUUGCUACAUAGACAAAGGCAUGUGCUUGUCGCAGGGGAUGGGAAACCUAGCCUUUCGGAGCUUAACUCUUUAGUUGGUAAAAUAAGGAUGCAUACAUGUGGACUGGAGCAAGAACAAGACUUCUCAACAAUAAAAAAUAUUAUCAACCUUAAUAAAAAUUGAGUUAACAAAUACAAGCCCAAUCCAGAAUUUGGUCAACUCUUCAUCAACAUCAACAAAUCAAUGAACACUUCCAUGGAGAAAGCUUACAUUAAUGGCGAAAAACUAGCCGGCCAAGAAGAGUCAUGUUACGACCGCAUGAAGGAAUUAAAGGCCAUUGACGAUACCAAAGCCGGUGUUAAAGGAGUAGCUGACACUGGACUCCUAAACAUUCCUAGAGUCUUUGUUAGACCACCGGAGGAACUUGCUGAAGAGGAAAAGUUAUUGCUAGUUGAUAAGAGUGAAAUUCAUGAGCCAGCGAUUCCAGUUAUAGAUUUGGAAGAGAUGGAAAAUCGGAGAAAGGAAAUUGUAAAUGAAAUUCGACUUGCAUCAGAAUCUUGGGGCUUCUUUCAAUUGUUGAAUCAUGGUAUUCCUGAGACCGUGAUGGACGAGAUGAUAAAAGGUGUUGCUAAAUUUCAUGAGCAAGAUACAGAGGUGAAGAAACAAUUCUACUCAAGAGAUUCCACUAGAAAAGUGAAGUACCAGACCAGUUUUGAUUGGUUUCAAACAAAAUCCGCUAAAUGGAAAGACACCUUCAUCUGCUCGAUGUUAUCUCCAGAUCUCAUCGACCCUCGAGAAUUACCAGACAUAUGCAGAGAUAUAAUUCUUGAGUACACGGAACAUGUUCGGAUACUGGGAGAUACUCUUAUCGAGUUACUGUCAGAAGGCCUUGGGCUCGAAAAGGAUCAUCUUAAUUGAAGGCAUGGAUUGCACAAAAUUCUUAGCAGUCCUUGGUCACUAUUAUCCUGCCUGCCCACAACCAAAACUAACUAUGGGAGCACAUAAGCAUACCGAUCCAAAUUUCUUCACUCUUCUUCUCCAGGACAACAUUGGUGGCCUACAAAUUCUUUAUCAGAACCAUUGGAUUGAUGUCAAACCCAUACCCGGAGCAAUCGUAGUUAACAUUGGUGACCUUAUUCAGCUAAUGAGCAGUGCAAAGUUUAAGAGUGCGGAACAUAGAGUACUGGCGAAUCGAGUAGGACCAAGGUUAUCAGUGGCGUCAUUUUUCGGUACAGCUGCCAUGAACUCGUCAAAGAUUAAUGGUCCAAUUAAGGAGCUACUUUCUGAAGAAGAUGGCAAGGAUCUACCUGUCUACAGAAAUGUUACGGUUCCAGAGUACAUGAAGCAUUAUUAUUCUAAAGGAAGCGAUGGUGUCCACGCCCUAUCGCUCUUCAAGUUGUGAAGUCAAUGAUAGUUAAAUAUCUUGAUCAACUUCCUGCAGCCUGCAGGCAUUGCUUGAUUGGUUUUCUACAUCUCAAUUACUCUCUUAGUGUUAAGUUGUUAUCAUUGUGCACUCUGCAGUCCUUGUAAUUUGAAGAAAAAAUGUAGACUAAUUUGAAAAGCUUUCGCA